AUAAUUUUAGGCAUAGGAAUCUGACAGAUGGGCAUAACAUAUGCGGAGAUGACUUCAUCAACAGGGAUAAACUAUACUUUAUACUGCACGAAUUAGGAAUCCCACUAAAACUAACAAGGCUAAUAAAAUCGACUAUGAAAUAUACGAAGGCGGUCGUAGGGGUUGAAAACACUAUUACUAAGGACAUAUCUUAAGGGCAUAUGGAAGAUCACGGCUCCAGACAAAAGAGCAUGGAGACAAAAAUUGAAGGACAUCAAGGCUCAACAUGGGCCGUAGAACCAUUGAAGAAGAAGACAUGUACAAAGAAUAAUAAAACGUAAUAUCGCUAAAUUAUUAUGAUAUUUUGAGUAAAGUAUUUAACACUGUUGUGUAUUAUGUUUUGACGCCCAAUGCACUUUAAUUUACCGUGUUCUAAUUAAUCAUAUUUAUAAAUAAAUAGUGUCAAAGUGAUAACAUUUGAACGCAUUGAUAAAAUAAUGCUGUGUACAAGUUACAGAUGGUGUAAUAAUACAUUAAGUUCAACGCUUGAAGUGUAAUUAACAAGAUGUCUAUAGAAAAUAAAGUUGCUCUUGUAACCGGUGGUGCUUCUGGAAUUGGACUAGAAAUUACCAAAGCAUUAUUGAAAAAUAAUGCAAAAGGUGUGGUUAUUGCUGACGUCAAUGAUAAGCGAGGAGAGGAAAUUACUAAACGAUUAAAUGAAGAGUUUGGAGCAGGAAAAAUCGUUUUUGUUAAAACUAACGUCGCUGAUAAAGACGAAUUUGAGAACGCAAUGAAGAAAACCGUUGAAACUUUUAAACACUUUGAUAUUUUAGUGAAUAACGCCGGUAUAAUAAAUGAUAACUUAUAUGAAAAAGAAGUUUCAAUUAAUCUGAUUGGUGUUAUGCACGGUUGCCGAUUAGCAAUGGACACAUAUUUAAAAAAUUUUAAAUCGUCUCCUGAAGGAUUAAUUAUUAACAUUGCAUCCAUCCUAGGUUUAGAAGGUUCUUCAACACUACCUUUUUAUAGCGCAACAAAACAUGCAGUGAUUGGUUUAAGCAAAUCCCUUUCAACGCAACUACAUUAUGAAACAACCAAGGUUAAAAUAAUUACAAUAUGUCCCGGAUAUACGAAUACACCACUUUUAACAUUAUCAGAUGAACAUUUAUUAAAUUAUAAAUGUUAUAGUGCUUUAUGCACAUUUAUUAAAGAUCCCUCGCUAGUACUACAAAGUGUGGCAAAUAUAAGUAAAGCCAUCAUCCCUAUUAUUAAUGAAGGUGAAAAUGGAUCUUUUUGGGUAAUCGAUGGUGAUAAUGUCUCGUCGGUAUAUAUUCCACAAAUAAAGGAAUUAAAGAAACUUAAAAUAAUGGCUCUUCCAUUGAGUACCUUAUUAUUAAAACAAUAUUCUCUCCUAAAACCUUUAAUAAUAACAACUAAACGUAAAAAUUCUCAGGGUUGUAAUCGUGUUAUGACCCCACCAGAUGAUACUUUAGCCGAUAAAGUUGCUCAUAUAACAGGAGCAGCUUCCGGUAUUGGACUUGUUAUAGCUCGAGAAUUUCUAAAGCACGGCAUAAAAGGAGUAGCAAUUUCUGAUAUAGACGGAGCCCAAGGUGGUGCUACAUUAUUACAAUUACAAAAGGAAUUUGGAGCAAAUAGAGUGAUUUUUACUCAAACUGAUGUAUCUUGCAUGAGUGAAUUUGAUGACGCUUUACAAGUCACAGUAGAUAAAUUUGAAGGUUUUGAUAUUCUCGUAAAUAACGCUGGAAUGUUAGAUGAUAAACAAUGGGAAAGAACAAUUCAAGUCAACUUGGUCGGUGUUAUUAACGGUUGUAUUUUGGCAAUGGAAAAAUAUAUUCCAAAAUAUAAAUGUGGCGAUGAAGGAAUCGUAAUGAAUAUAGCAUCUAUAGCUGGAUUACAAAAAAUUCCAACCAUUCCAGUAUACGUAUCAACGAAACAUGCGUUAAUUGGUUUAGGAAAAUGUCUUUCAGCUGAUUUUCACUAUGCAGAAACCAAAUCUAAAAUAAUCACAAUUUGUCCUGGUUAUUAUGCCACACCAUUAACAUCAGAUUAUUUCCGUGGUAGAACGUUGCAUAAACGAUCCGAACAAGUUAUUUAUGAUACCAUGUCAAAACCUGAUUUUCCAAUGCAAAAGGUUGAUAUUUUUGGUAAAUCGAUCGUUACUAUUAUAGAAAGAAGUAAAAAUGGUUCUUUUUGGGUUAUUGAUAAAGAUAAUGUAUCUGAAGUGUAUUUACCAGUAAUUAAAGAUUUGAAGAAAUUACAAAAAAUUGAUGUAUGUGAGAUGAAUUAAAAUGAAGAGAAAAUUAA